AUGUCGCGACCAAACACGGGGUUCCAACAGAUGGCCGAUUCAUGGGAUGACGACUUCAUCACACCUAACCAGAACCCACCCAAAGCGACAACAACACAACAACAAACAACCACUCAAGUUGAUGAUUGGGAUGCUGCUUUCGAUUUUCAAGACCCAACAACUAAUGUCAAACAAAAUCAAAAACAAAGCGAAAAAGUUCCACCAAAGACUUCAUUGAAGAAUAAUGUAAAACAACUUCCAACACAUAAUGGGGCUCUUUUAACUAAUAAAACAGAAGACUGGGACGCAGACUUUGGACUUCCUAAUACGUUAAACUCCUCAAACCAGAAGUCGCCAAAGUCACCAAGUCAAGGAAAGUCAGUGGCACAACACGCAGAUAGUUGGGACGUCGACUUUAACUUGACGGAUAUCAACCCUUCAACCAACGACGGUAAAAACUCAAAAUCGCCACUUUUGGCAAAACAAGAGGGGAAGGGGAAACUCCAACCCAAAACUCCAAUACAAGAAACAAAGGAGGAAAAUUGGGACGACGACUUUACUGUUCAACCCAUAACACAAAAAGAUACACAACCCCAACACAAGGAAGCUUCUGAGAGUCAACAAACGGGGAGUAUUUUAUCGAGUUUGACAGUUGCGAAUUUGAAUCAAAAGCCGGACGACUGGGAAAACGACUUUGGAGGGUUUGAGACGGCGGAGCCCAAACGGAAAGUUCUUGACAUGAAAGUGAAGAGUAAAACCAACAAAAAGAAGCGACGGACGUUAACAAAAGACACACCAAAGAAGGGAGAGGGUUUAACAAAGUCUGCUAUCCCGUCGUUAAAGUUUUCGACGCGAGCGGAAGAGAAAAAGGAUGAAGACGAUUGGGGAGACGACUUUACACUCUCUCCACGAAAGACGGAAGAGAAACACGAGGAAGAAGGACUUCUUGAGAAGAAGACUCCACGCAAGUCGAAACGCAAAACAAUUAAAAAGUCUCCUCGUGAGAAAUGGGAUGACGCGUUUUCGGCUAUGAAUAAAGAAGGCGAGAGUUGGGACGCAGAGUUUGGUGACGCCACUGCGAAGAAACAAGUGCCACAAAUGUCUCCAAUGAAAGAGCAAUUUCCCGUGUUGAAGAUGGCGAAAGAGAUUUUAGAACAUUUUCCAGAUAUCACACUCACAUUCUACCAAGACAUGGAGUUCGACACAUACGAAGAACUUUGCGAAGAAAACAAAGGAAAUGUGGAGAACCCCACAACAUCAAUGAUCCUCAAAUUUUGGAAGGAGGCGUGCGAGUUUGCCAAAAAUGGCGACUUUGAUGAAGCGGCAAAUAAAUUUCUUCCAAUAGUCAGUGAGUGCAUUCAACCAUCCCUCCCCGUAUCGGAUUUGUUCAAAUUAAGAGUGUUUUACCAGGCGUUUGUUGUGUUCAAAAUAGUUGGCGAUAAGAGCAAAGCAUUUCAAAUGCUCGAAUUGGCAUUCACUAUGUAUUCAACCAUUUUGGAUCCCCCAAACGAUGCUUGUUUUUCAAGACUCUCCGCGAAACUUAAUUGCGAUGUCUUGGAAGCAUUUAAAGACGACCAAUUCAUGGCUAAAGUGAACAAACUGUUUGAUGCAAUCAACGGAUUUCUGUUCCCGCUCCACCCAUUCACCGCUCCACCACAUUAUGUGUACCCGUGGAGAAUCGUUGGGGAACUAAUUGCACAACUCAGUUACGAACUUGCAUUCCACAGAUGCUUGUUUGAGGGUAUUACCGAUGUUCUAUUUGAAAAGGUAAAGGCGAUCAGUGCAAUGUUUCCAUCGCAAAAGACACUUGAUUACAUGAAGAAGUACAAUCAACAAGUCGAACUCCAACGAGUAGAAGCCGCAGAAAAGGAAAAGGAAAAUAUGAAGAACAAGGUGAUUACCGUGAAGAACAGCCCAGCAAAGACAGACACAAAUAAGGAGUCUAAAACAGCCACUGUCGAUGUCGGUGAUGACGAAGACUGGGACAAGGAAUUUGGAUUUGACCAACCUCCCCAGACGGAAAAGAAGGUGAUGACAUUCUUCAGCUCAUUUAAAGAGGAGAUAAUGGACGAAAACCCUCCCGAAGAGUGUCGGUUGGUUGAAAUUGUGAACAAUCAGAAUGUUGUUGAAGUUGGUCUUCCAAGUCCGUUUGAUGUGUUUGAUAAGAAGAUGAAUGUUAAAAUGAAAGAAAGAGAUCUGAUGCAAUUUAUGAAUAAGACAAUGGACGACAUCAAAGAGAAGACGUGUUGGGAGAUCAUGAAUUUGCCGUUGGACAAUAACAUCAACGAUCGGGUGAUGGACAAGAUCACAAAGAAGAAGGACGUUAAAGUGAUGAUCACUGCGUCGUUCCGAUUUUGUAUGUAUUUGCAACAACAGAAAAAGGUGUUUGAUGAGUACCUUCCUGCUUUUGGGUUUAUCGAGUGUGAAUUGUUUCGCAUGUACUUUGACUUGAACACGAUAUCUACAAUAGAAAUUCUCCAAAUUGUGAACAUUUGUUAUUCUCUUGGAGAGGCACAAACGAAAACAGUUGCGACAAACUGUUUUACGGGGAACGGAAUGCUGAUUUACCAAAUUAUGAUGAGGGGAUAUGACUUCCACUUGAGAACUUCAAAAUGCGUGAGAGGAAAUUGGUCCGAUGACGAGUACUUGGAAUUUAUUGAUAAAGAAGCUGAGACGAUCGACUUGAAAAGCUUUGACCCACUGACUAACAUAUACACCUCGUGGGUACUUUGUGAUGCAAUUUUACUUGAAUUGGGAUAUUCUCCUGUUACAUUUACAAAACUUGCUGGAGAAGAUAGAGCCUUUGACGCCGAUAGAAAGUACUUAAAUGGAUGUCUUGAGAAGUUAAAAGAAGUGUAUCCGAAAAUGGAAACGAACUUCUUUAAGGCACGAGUUGCAUUUGUUCUUGGUGUUUUGUUUAAUCAUUUUGAGGAUUAUGGGAAUGCAGAAAGCACGUUAUUUGACGCGUUUUAUAUACUUCGAAGUGAAGAUUGGUAUAUGCACUUAUUGAUGACACCGUUGGGUAUCAGUACAUGUGCAUUACUUACACAAGUUAGUGUCACUACAAAGAAGACUGAAUACUGUAAGUGUCUUGUUGGCGUCGUCUUCUUCUUGGCGCCAUAUGUCAGUAACAUUGAUAUAUACUCCACUGUAAAAAAUGUUGGGAUCUUAGCAACACGAGUUGGUGAGGAGAAAGGUGCCAUUGAAAUGUUUAAGUGGCUGAUAGAAAUGUAUUACAAAGAAGAGAAAUACAACGAGUUUUUAUAUACCGUUGCUAUGUUGGCUGAUAUCUACAUCUCCAUUGGAUUAUAUGAUAGUGCGUAUCAACUCCUUUCACUCAAGUUUGUACCAGUUAAACAAUUGAAUGACUCGAAUAUUUCUGCCCUUCCAUUGUACCACCAAAAUAUGCAACACCUUGCGGAGAUAUUCUUGAGCGUUGGCGAUGAUAUGCAUGUUACUAAGACUCUCGAAUUCUUUAAGAAGAUCAACGUCCCAAGACCCAAAGAAGUUGAACUACAAGUGAUGAUUGCAGAUAUGUACUCUCGUCGUGGGUGGUGUGAAGACUGCCUCAAAGCAUUGAGCGGAAUACAAAUAAGCGAGUUUGGAAUAGCAGAUAGGACACACCGAACUGAAAUUGGCGUGAAUGUGUGUAAAAUCAUAGCUACAUGUUAUAGAAAGAAUGGACAGUUUCAUCGCGCGAUGUCGUUGAUUGACUACGCACUCAAUUUAUGUGAAAGUAACGACUACAGGCUUGUUGGGUCACUCUUUUUCUUUAGAGGGCAAUUGCUGAACGAUGUCUUAAGUAACACUGUUCAAACGUACCCAAGCGUUUUACGAGAUGACGAAGGCGUUGACCCGUUUUUGAACUUCUUUUUUGAAGAGGGAGGGAAGCGUGUGAAAGAUGAGAAGGUGAUGUUUGAAGGUGAGUGGCAAGUAGUGCAAGAAGCGUUGUAUUCCUUUGGGAAAUCAUUAGAUAUAUUUACGAUGUUAGUUGACGAAGGCAAUUUGGCAAUCACUCGAAUGAUGCUUGCUCAGACUAGAACAUUGUAUUUACUUCGAACUCCAGACUAUUCGGAAGGAUAUUCAUUCUUAUCGACGGCGAAAUUGGACUAUUUUGAGGGGACUCAUUUCAUUAAAAGAUGGGCAGAUAUUUUGAAGAUCAAAACGACGACAACGAAACCUACAAAUUUUGUCAUUGAUAUUGAAGACGCCCGGAAGUUUGCGUACGAUGCAAUGAAAGCGUUCACACAAGUCUUUGAUAUUUGGAAUAUCAUACCGUCGUAUAUCACAAUGGCUGAAGUCCAAUUCUUGAGAGAAAAACGACAAGAGUCGUACGCCCAUUUGCAACUUGCGGUGCAAACCCUUUACGCGUUGGUCUUUGAUGGGUCUCGAGAUGUUGGACCGAACGUCCCGACAAAUUACAUUGAUGAUUUGUUUGAGAUGGUUGCAAGAAUCGUGAGACUUAUGAUCCUCUUUGGAAAGGAUACAAUCAACUCGAAUUUUGUGAUCAUAGACACAUACUUGAUGUUACAGAACGCAAGAAUGAGAGCAGGAAGAAGGAAAAAUGAGUUCACUGAUUUCACAACAGAGUCACAUUCAUUGAUGACAGAGACUAUUUCAAAGAAAGAUUUGAAGUUGGAAAUGGUGUCUGAGAAGGACUUGUUAAUGGAGUUAUUGAUACGAAUGAGUAAGAAGGUAGAUAAGAGGGUUGGUUCAUAUGAGGCUCAUGCGACGGAGGCGUUUGCCCUCUUUUCGCAACUUUUGUAUUCCAAAAUCGUUUCCAUCAAGUUGAACAUCACACGAUACGCAAAUUCACAAAUCACGAAGAGUGCGUUGCUUGAAGCUAACAAACAACUGACAAAGAACAUGUUGGAGAUGGUCAAAAAUACGCACUUUUUGUACUCGUUUGAACUUCCCCCACUCGGAAUCACUCGACAGAUUAAACCCAAGUCCGAGAUACUUCCAAUCUUCUCGCAACAAACAACAGCGCAACCCGUUUCGCUAAUGUCGUCGACAAUGCAAUUUAAGUCGAUGCAUCUCUUUAUGAUACUUCAAGUCUUGGGAUCGAUUGUGUUCUACCAUUCAUCUGGAGAAAUGUGUGUUUGUCAGUUUGGCGUGUUGUCACCAAUACAAACAACGAUCACAAUGGUUGGUAUUAAAAUAGCAACAAGCAUGAAUGACAAUGGGUAUGGGUUGUACGUCAUUUCACCAAGCAUCACCGUUUCACAGUUACUCGUUUUCUUGUCCCAGAAUGCAGAUACCGAUAAAAAGUCGCGCAAGACGUCAUUUGGGUCACUGAAAGUGGGGAAAGGGCAGUGCAAAUUUAUAGACACGGACAUUAUGUUCCAAAAGGAAGUCGACAAGAUGCUUAAGAAGAAGAAAGGAGUCAGUUUCUUAUCAGCGUUGUGCUUGUCGAAAAGUAUGAAGCCGUGUGACAUGUUGAAUGAAGAGCUGACAGUCAUGAGUUUGCUGUCGCAGCGGGAGAUGGAAGAGACGAAGUUCAAUGGACAUUUGAAAGACUUCCCACAGAACCCUUUCACACUAUAUAUCAUCCCACGACCGGCUAUUGUCAACUUGCGUAGUGUUGUGAAACGACAAACUAUCACUAUGGACGCAUUCCUUAUGAAUUACUUUGCGUACAACAUCAAUAGAAACUUGAACAGAUCAUGCGAAUCGAUAGCACAAGUUAAAAAGAAGAUGGAGGAGAUCUUUAGAUCUCUCGAUCUUUUCAAGGACAAGAAAGCGAGCAAAUUGAUUGUGAGCCCAACUCUGAAUAUAGUUCCAUGGGAAUUAUUGGAACCAUUCAAAGACUGCGUGAGGUAUUUCUCUUAUGCGUCUUCAGAAAAAGUUGAGAAUGUAGCUGUGAAGUCGACAAAGGCGCCGCCACUGUUUUUGUUCUUGAAGUGCAUCUGUAACGAUUUGCAAACGGAGGAUCUGAUCAAACAAAUGUUGAUUAAAGAAACCAAUUUGUCACUGUGUUACAUGGACGGAUUCCCUUCUCGAUCGACACAAACAGUUUCACAAGGUUUCUUCACAAAUUCUGCGAUGAAAACGUUAUCAAGUAGUUACCCUGCCGUAUUCAAAUUGGUCGACAUUCAUCAGAGCAAAUCAUACUUUGAACAACUCAAAGAGUACAUCUUGGACAACAGAGAUUACGUGGUCAUCAUAUCAGAAGCAGAUUUAUUGGAAUGCACCGACUUGCUGUGGUUCAUUGCAAAUCAGACUAACUUCGGGAUCCUUUCGAUCUCAAAGUUGAAGCACAGGAAACUCAACGAUGUCACUUUGAAGAUGGAGAAACGAGAAAUGGCGGAAGACAACCAAAAGUACGUGUUCGUCAAACAGAUCCAGUCCGACUUGACUGGAAAGACGUUCAACUGUUCCGCCCUGUUCAACGUCAAAUCGUUAGAUUAA